AUGUCUCUGAAUCUUGAGUCAGACCCACUGCACGGCGUCAUGUCUUUGCGCAUGGGGAAAAGCCAGCUGACGGCUCUCAGCCUCGAUCCAUUACGCCCACGACCUGGACCAGUAUUUGAACCAAUGAUAAAUGGCUAUCUCCACUGUGGAUUAUACCUUCAUGAACGUCUCCAGGCUGCCUUUUAUGCAGGAUCCUAG